CUCCCGUGUGGAACAGGGCCAAGAAUAGAUGAGGUGCAAAUGCUGAGAUGUUUCGCUCUAUCAGAAAUUGCAUCCCUUGGAAGUGCUGAGGACAAGUGGUUGAAACAAUUGCUGAAGGAUGGCAGAGAAACGCAUCAGAAAUCACAUCCCCCACAUGUCCUCUGUCCUGGUCCAAGGGAUGAGAUUUCUGAUGGAGAGGAGCGAAAUGUUUAAGAAACAUGAUCAGAACUAAGGACAGGUGAGGGGAUGGAAAUUUUGGAAUUGGUUGUCUGUUACCUGGAAAUUACAUCACCUCCCUCUCUUUAUUCCUGGUCCAUAGAAUGCAAUUUCAAGGGGAUAAGAGAGAGCAUCCAUAGGCUGCUCCAGUCCAGGCAUUUUCGAUAUAGAAUUCAGACUUUACUUAGGAUUUAAUUUUGGAAGGAGGAGCCAAAAAUAAAAUGGAUGCAGUGUUAAAAUUUGCCAGUGUCUACAAAUAUAUACAAGGUCUAUGCAUUUUUUUUUUUUUUUUUUUUUUACUAAAUGCUAGCUCAAAGGGAAAGCGCAGGUGGCUGAUCACCUGUUCUUAUUAUUGUAAAUGCAGAGAGUUAUUGGCAAAUGACACUCAGCUCCACCCAAUGCUUCUGUGCAAGAGGAAAUUAAAUCAGGACGGAGUGUACGAAGGUUCCUGGCUCCAGGGCUGCUAGGCAUUUAAAUGCAGCCCUCUGCCUUUACAAGUGAUCGUGCAGAGCCAUGUUUGUCAACAGAUUCCCAGGGGGCAUUCAUGCUUUGGGAUGGUACUAGCGCAGCCUCCCCUAAUCCAGGGUAUGGUAGGCAGGAGUGAAUGACAGGCUGUGUCUGAUAAAUAUUGCAGCAGCAGCAGCCAUCGAGCUUCCUCUAGAAAAGUAUGCGUAUUUCCCUGCUGUCCUUGACCCACAAUGCUUUGCAAUUCUAUUGGCCAACCUAUUCCUCAGGGAGGGUGGAGGGGCACUGUACUGCUCUCUAUUCAAUAGCCCUGGUGAUGACAGCUCAAAGAUCAGCAAUAAGAUGAUGAAUAAUGCAGCUGCUCCUUCAACAAGCUUUGGGGGAGGGAAAUGUUGUUUUCCAGUACAGCUGGCUAGCUGAGUAUUUUUAUCCUACUGUUAUAAAACAUUACAUUACGUGUGGGGGGAGGGGGAGUGCAUGGUGUUUGUUUACUGCAUCCAUAGGAUGUGGUGAUAUUUGUAUCCACUCCACUCUAUUUUAUAGGCAGAAAAGGUUGGAGUCCAUAGUUUAAUAUUGUGGAAAAUGAUGUAAAAAAAAAAAGGUGCAACUUGCAAAUACUCUUUAAAAGGAAUUAUAAUGGGACCAGGCAUUCAAGAUUACCCCUUACUACUGCAACGAGGGACACUGAAAAAGGACAGCCAAAUCCAUGAAACCCACAAAGGAAUGGUAAUUUCCAGUGGUGGAAAGGGACAUCCAAGUACCAAAGGACUAGAGAAACCACUUCUCCAUGUGAGACCUUCUCCCAGCAGAGUAGGCAAAAGUAUUUUAAAUACCACCAAAAAGACUUUCCAUUGCGCUCAGGAUGAUAGUCAACCAAGUUUUCUUUACAAGGAAAGAAACAAGCUAGAUGAGGCUCAUCAGCAAAACAGAAUGAUGAGUGUUUGCACAUCACUGUACAAAGUACGAGAGGCAAAGAAGGACCUCACAGAAAGAAAGCAAAGAGAAUCUGGACUAUACAGAACCCCUUCCAGUUUAAAGGAGAAUUCACAAGGUGGCUCCACUAGGGCAGAAGAUGGACUGAUGCAAAGAUUUUAUUCCAAUCAAAAAGGAGAAUCUCAUGUGAGAGAGCAUGUGACUGAAGCUGUCCCUUGCACUUCUAAAUAUCCAGGGACCUCUGUGAAUGAGAUUCUUCUUGACUUUGAAUCAGUGAGAAUUAUUCAAGAGGAUGCUGCUGAGGACAGUGCCAGUGACCUUUCUGACUCAGAAAGAAUUCCCAUUCCCCCUUCCCCGUGCACACCGCCGGAACUCAACCUCCGAGCUGAAGAAAUUGACCCAGCAUGUUUUGAACACCUCUUUGAUGCAAAGUAUAAAGAAUCAAUAUAUUAUUAUUCUGACUUCCUCCCACCCCCUUUCAACUCCUGGGACCUGCAGCAACUGGCAAUGUUUGUUAACACAGAGUGUAAAUCGGAAUCUCGACCACAGCCAGCAGGAUUUCUUGAGAAAUAUAUCGAUCGGCUUUUGCAGCUGGAGUGGCUGCAGGUGCAAACUACACAGAAUGAGAAAGGAAAGACAGCCAAAGCUAGGCCUCAGACGGCUCCUAGUAUCAUUCGGACCCUAAAAAGCCCUGGCAAAGGCAAAUCAUUGAAUAGCCCUUUUCCUAACAAGCAGUUAACUCCCCAAGAAAGGGUUAUAAAGCUCCCCACCAGCCGUUCAGGUCACAGAAGAAAUGUACACUGUGAAGAAAAUAGCCAAUUAAAUGCAUAUCCAAGUCACUCAAAAGUUGCUGAGAUGAUGGGUGGCACAUCAUUCCCACAGAGACAUGCCUAUGAAAUGAGGAAUGAGGUGAAAAAGAGGUCAACCACCAAGCAGCAACUUCUCAGUAUGCAGCCCCGUGCAAACAGCUCUAAGAUUCAGGUUGUUGGUAACAUUAGACCCCUCAAACACUCCCACAAGUUCCAUAGUUCAGCUGCCUCCAUCCAGGGGAGAAAAACACAGGUUACUGCUGCCAGCAACACCUCUCAUGAAAAGGACAGGAUCAGUCUAAUAAAGACCAUCCACAAGACAAGCGGCAAGGGGCUGAAUCUUUAUCAGUCAGACAAUCUUCGUCCUCUACGGCGUACAAAAAGGAAAUGGGUUUUAACCACCUUUGAACUUGAAGAGGAGGACAAAGGACCAUUCCCCAAACUUGCUGGAGAGCUGUUCAACGAAGUGUCCUAUAAUAUGUCCAUAAGAUAUUUAAUCAGUGGACCUGGUGUAAAUGAAUCUCCAGAGGUUGGCUUGUUUUCUAUAGAAGACGAUGCUGAAGGACAUGUGUACGUACAUCGUACCAUUGACAGAGAGAACACCCCCUAUUUUAAGAUACGUUUUCAUGUUGCACAUAGAGUGACUGGGAAUAUAGUGGACAGAUCUUUAAUUUUCAUUAUUAAGAUUAAAGACAUUAAUGAUAAUGCACCCAAGUUUCCCAAGGAGGAAUUUAACAUUACUAUAAAAGAAAACCACGAUACAGAUGAGCCAGUUUUCCAAGUGACAGCCCUUGACAAAGAUGAAGAAGACACGGCUAAUUCUCGGGUGACCUAUUCCCUUAUUACACAGACACCCAAUCUGAAAGAGCCCAGAUUUAACAUCGAUCCUACCAGUGGUUUGAUAGUGAUUUCAGGAUGCUUGGAUUAUCAGACUGCCAGCUCUUUCAAACUUCUGAUCAAAGCAAGAGACCAUGGUACCCCACAAAUGUCAUCUCCUGCAACAGUUAACAUUGCCAUUGAAGAUGCAAACAACCACCUGCCUGUAUUUACCAAGGAAAAUUAUUCGCUGCAAAUUGCAGAAGACAAAGCAGGGCCAGGAGUGUUAAGGCUACAGGUGGAAGAUCAAGAUUCUCCAAACACACCUGCUUGGAGAGCAAAGUACAAAAUAGUGAAAGGCAAUGAAAAGGAACAGUUCAUCAUUGAGACCGAUCCUGAAACAAAUGAGGGCAUUUUAAGUGUCAUUAAGUCUGUGGACUAUGAAGGUGACUCAGAGAGGAGACUUGUCAUUUCUGUUGAAAACGAAGAACCUUUAUCUUUGUGUCAUAAAGGAAAACCGAGGAGCCCUCCUGUAGUCCCCAUUAGUGCAUCUGUGGCUGUGAAAGUCCUAGACACAAAUGAUGCUCCUGAAUUUCACCUUCCCACGCUUGCUUUUCAAAAAGAAGAAGGUGUGAAGCCUGGGACAAGGCUUGGAGUAUAUUCUGCUGUAGAUCCAGAUGCGGUGCCAAAUAAGAUAAAAUACAAACUAGUUCAUGAUCCGGCAGGGUGGGUGACUGUUGAUGAGAACUCUGGCAUUGUUACUGCUGUGAAAGAACUUGAUCGGGAAUCCUCCUAUGUGAACAACAGUGUUUACCUCAUCAUUGUUCAUGCCAUAGAUGAUGGCAUCCCACCAAAGACGGGCACUGGCACCAUUCUGCUUUACCUGUCUGACAUCAGUGACCACAUGCCAAAAUUAGUUACACGUUCCUUGGACGUUUGUGACAAAGCAAGACUGACUCCUCUCAUCAUAAAGGCGGAGGAUAAUGACUCCCAUCCGUUUGCUGGUCCUUUUACAUUUAAACUCACUGAUGACUCAAAAAAUAUAAAACAAAACUGGAAAUUAGGAAAGAGUUUUGGUGACUCAGUUGAACUUUUAAUGUUGAGAAGCCUCCCACGUGGCAAGUAUUUGGUGCCUCUCCUAAUUCUGGACAGGCAGGGAUUCUCUACGAAGCAGAAUCUGUCUGUGAGGCUCUGCCAUUGCCCAGAUGGACGUGUAUGUGAAGAACCGAACUCCGUGUCAGUGAGUCUUGGAGGUGGCACCAUUGCUGUGAUUUUGGCAGCUCUCCUGUUAUUUCUAGUGGCAGGCUGUCUUCUGCUGCAGUGUUCGUAUGGGUCUGAAAGCAGGAAAAGCCAAGCCAAUCUCCCUUUUGAAGAAGGCAACCAGACUUUAAUCAAGUACGAUGAAGAGAGUGAAAACUUUUGCUCUCAGAUUAUGCCUGAUGGUUUGGAUUAUGCUAGCCAAUUCUCUACAUAUGCAGAAGUUAGACAAGGAAAACAAAUGUCUGAGGAUGUAAAUGGAAUGGCACCAUCUCCCUCCCUUACAUCCAGUCGAGGACACUGUGACCAAGGUCUAUGUGGUGCCAGCACAAUGGUCCAGUCCAGACCAGUAAGCGGCAACCACAGUUCCCAUGGGGUCCAGUAUUCUAGACACGUGGAGACACUCCACAGAAGAUCCCGCAAUGAGAUUGUACAAACAGUGGGUGAAACGUUGAAUCAGAAGCUCUAUCACCUCAGCAACCUGGAGGAGAACAUGGUCAUUUACCAACCUCACAUAUAUGCCGAGGAGGGAAAGCUAGAGAUAAGCGGCUCCUUCAGUUCCCUGCUCACUGUUGACAAUGAACUGCCUAAGGAUUUCUUGGACACCCUGGGACCAAAGUUUGCUGCUUUGGGUGAAAUCUGCUGGAAAUGAUUUCAGUCGCAGCCGCUCUCAUAGGAACAAUGGAAUUGUGGGGACCUUUUUCCCCCUGCCCCCAUGAGAUACAGAAGGACCUGUCAUUAUUGCCAGCCUGCCAUUGUUGCCAGCACUGAAUAUUAUGGCUUCAUCUUCUGUGUGGAGGGGGUAGGGCAGCCCACGAAUUGGCAUGUCGGAGGAAACCAGGUCACCAAUUGUUUGGGCCCUGUAUCGUUCUUGAGUUCUGCAGGUAUCUGCUCUCACCCCUCAGAGAGCUAGAGAUUGAAAUAAUCUAGAAAUAGGAUGGUGUUUUAAAAUCCAUGGUGUCUGACGCCCAUGUAGGGCUGUAGAAGUGGAUGAAAAGCCACCAUCCUGAUGAUAUUUACAGUAGAUCUGCUGGGAGUUCAGAUCACAAAGCAAGCACAAAUUUUGGUAAAUGCUAGGUUUUUGAUUAAUAAAACAGCGAAGGUCGUUUCCAGCUAGUCCUGAAUUUGUGAGGCUGCUGGAUCGUCUUCCACCCACAGAUACUGGCUCGCACCCAUUUUGUGUGGGCAAAGCCUGUCUUUGUACAUUCAAAAUGGGCAUCAGUUCACUUCUUUAGGUCCAGGCCUGUUGCAUAAGCAAGCAUGCAGAAUCUGGAGGUGGGCCCUGAAAGUUUCCCCUGUAUGGCUAGAGAGGAGCAAAGUCCUAGCAGUGGCUCAGUACCUGGGGUGGUUUGCUUUGGCAGAGCAAAGGAAGUAGACGGAAGUGCCCACAAGGUUCCCAGCCAGAGCAUGCUAACUGAGUAACUUUCUGGCUGCACUGUUCCAGGGACAUGCUGAGCUCUUCACUGGGGCAGAUGCAUGCUGGUGAAAUGGGAAUCUUGGUACAUGCAUAAGAUGAUCUGAGGGUGCGGGAGAAAGGUCUCUCAAAGAUUGCAGUACUAAUACGUCCAUUCAGUGAAAUGCUAGCUUGUCAGAGCGUAAUGGACUGGCCAGUGUGUGGGAGACCCACUUGAACGUACAUACGUGUUGCCUCCAGGGUCUGGAGACUCACAGGGGAUAUACCAGCAGCCAGUCAGGGAAGUAGGGGAUUCUCCUUCAGCUCCUGUAGGAUAGCCUGUAUGUUGGGAGCAGGAGGAACAGAGCUCUGAUCUGUGCUGCUUGAUGCAACAUAGCUGGUGUCUUCUUGCUGCGGGUAUGUGACUUGUUACAAUCUGACAACAGUGAGUGCAGAACUUAGUCUUGUUAUGGACAGACGAGCACUGCAUCUUGUCCUAUCUGAAAAAGGAUCUGCCUGGGUGGGGAACAUGUAACUCUUUUGGGGCAGGUGACUUUCUGAGUCUGGAAGUGGAUUUUAAUUGACACUAGUGAGUUUAAUGGCUUAGCUGUUUUCUUUUGUACAUAUACUUUGGGGAGUCUUGUUGGGAAAUAACCUCAUACGUUCUCUCUCUCUCUCUCACACGCGCGCACACACACACACGUAUGUAUACACAUAUAUAAAUAUGUUUUAAUACAUUAUAGGCUAUUUGAGGCAUAGUGUGAGUGAAGUGCACUUGACAUGACUGCGUGGGUUGUGUGCUGGUAACAGAAGCGAGGAUUUAAGGUUGAGAGCGGCCAAGGACUGUUCAUGCGAAACAAUUUGUUGUGUCCAGGGGAAAGAUGAAAAAUCAACAGAAAAGGGAAUAACAUUGGUGAUGUUGUCAUAGCAAUGUAUCUGUUACAGCUGUGGACAAAAAUUGCGGGAAAUGAAACACCUUGGAUUAUGCCCAGGACGGAGUUGUGGGUGAAAGGCCUAGUGAACAGAAACAAAGGACUGUUGACAUGAUGGAAUGGACUACACAUCUAUAUACAUCUGCAACUUGGAGUCAGACAUCGAUCCAGAGCCCUAAUUUUGAAGAAGUGUGCUAGCCCGCUCCCAAUGCCUUGAUUGAUUGGAGCGGAUCUCAAUUGGCCAUCGGGACUUGGUUCUAAUCUUCAGACUCUGGUGCACUAUGUUUAGGGUGUGAAUGUGGAGUGAGUGAGAUUUAUAUUGUAACCAAUAAAAGUAUUUAGAGUAUUAUAUACGAA